AUGGAUCAUUUUCAUCCGCUGCUAGGCCGUCGGAUUGGCGAAGCCCAAAAUCCGGGCCCAGCACAGCAGACUGACCUACGUGAUUUCUUUCCUCGACCACUUGCUUCACAACCACUGCCGCACCAGGUCUCAGACGACCAGUCACCAGCUUCCCAGGCCAACCGGUCUUGUGUCAGUGAUACCGCUCCAGAGCCUGCAGUCACCGUGCGCAUAGCGGUCAUCAACCCGACGGCCAUUCUCCAUAAGGACCGUGAACUCUUGGAUCUUGAUCAGGACAUUGUGCUCGCAUCUGAAACCUCUGCUGUUGCAGCUGCUCAGCGCAUUGUUGCACACAAGCUUAGACCCGCUGGUUUUACCACGGUCUGGAGUGCGCCGGUCGCACCCCACCAGUCCCAACGCGAGCACAGAACCACUCUCAGGGGCCACGCCUCGGGGGUUGCGUUGUUCUCCCGGUUCCCGGCACGAAAAUCUUUCGUCCCUUUGGAGGCACAGGUUGAUCAGUCUGCCCGGCUCUUGGAGAGUCAUGUUCGAGUGGGUCACUUUGAGUUCAGGGCCUUUGUUGUUUAUGGUUUUCCGGCCAAUUACCAGGAUGCCGGCAGCCGCAAUGCUGCCUUGCUUCAGGACGUCCUCCGGCGGUUGCUGGACUGCCCGGUCCCUGCCAUUGUGGGCGGGGAUUUCAACACAGACGUCACUACACUGCCUGAGUUUGACUUGUUCCGCCAGCUUGGGUUCACUGAGGCCGACCACUACUGGCAGCAGCGUACAGGGGAGCUGCUCCCCCCUACCUGUAAGAAUGCCACACGCCAUGACACCAUGCUCCUGCCGGGCGUGCUACUGCCCUUUGUUCGCAACAUGUGUGUUGCAACUGAUCUCCAUUUUUUCGAUUCUCAUGCGCCGUUUCUCGCCGAAUUCCGUUUGCCGAACUUGGCUCGUCACCAGGGCCAAGUGCAGGCGGCCAUUGCCUCAAGCCGCACCAGUGACGGAUUGGAUGCUGCUUUCGUGACUUGGGCAUCAGCCAAUGAGGCUGCCGUUGACGAGGCAGUUCGAGCAGCUCAUGCCGAGGCACCCGGCCUUUGUCCGGCACGCUCCUUACCACGGUCUGCUAAGGGGCGCUGCGCUUACCGACCCCUGCAGAGGCGACCGUAUGCCCGCUCCGCACCACAAGGGCGAUCUGGGGACUAUACACCUUCUUGCGAGGCGGUUACUGUUGUUGCCAGAGCCAAUGUCAGACAGGUGCGGCGAUUGGCUACGUUCGUUCAGGGUCUUGCGAAGGUUGCGGCAGUUGCCACACUCCCUUCCGCGGUCCAGGCGCAGCUGAGUCAAGAAUGGGCUGCCAUUACCCGAGGCCGAGGCUUUGCACCAAGCUUUCCCUCUUGGCUCUUACAGUGCCCCCAUUUUGACACUUAUUGGUCAUCGUUACCGCCACUUGAAUGGGCGAGGGAGGUCCUCCAGUAUGUCAGGUUUGAUGCGGAAGCACAUGUGCGUGCCGAGGCUGACCAUCGGCAUAAGCUUGCCCGGUUCCAGGUCCACCAAGACAGUACAUCAGGCUGCUCCCGUAGUGGUUUUCGGAAUCUGCGACCACAGCCAAGGCCGCCGUUCCUCUGUAUACCCUACGAGGAAAACCAAACUGCACGACUGAUACGUUUGACUUCCCCUGACACCGGGCUAUAUUCUGUGCAGAUGCCCCGCUUUGUACGGAUUGGGCAGACGGCCCAGCUUGACGAUGUCCCAGUCACCGUUGAAGCUCUCACCUCUGAUGAGCAGGAGGGCUCCCUGCUGCUGCUGAGGGCCUCUAGCGCCAACCUGCCGGGCACAGCCCGAUUCACUCAAGCUAGCUGUGCAGCUCAAUCGGAUAAAGGCCCUGCGAGGACGGAUCCAGCCCAUUGGGCCACCUUCCUCGACACCCUCCCGCCGGCUCCGCCAGCAGCGAGCGGCUUGUCGAUUGACAUGCAGGAUGUUCAACUUUGGUCCCGUCAGAUCCGUCGUCUCAAAAGUGGCGGCUUUAGUCCAGAGGAGCUCAAAUGUCUGCCGCCUGCUUCGGUUGAUCACCUUGCGCAACUUUUCGCCAAAUGCACCUUGCCCAGGCCACGGUCCACGGUGCACGUACUCGCCAAAGUCGACGAGCCGUCCAACAUUGGCCAAGGGCGACCGAUUACGGUGUAUGCCACCAUUUAUCGGUUAUGGUCCAGUGUUGCAGCCCGCUCCAUACUCCGGCAGUGGGUCACAUGGAUGCCAGAAUCCGUGCGCGGCUGCAUACCGGGCAGAGGAGUUAGGGAAAUUUCAAUCGUCAUUCAGGUCAUGAUUGAGUCGGCCCUGCAGUCCGGUCGGGCCUUAGGCGGAUUCUCGCUGGAUAUAGUUAAGUGCUUCAACCAGCUCCCACGCCUACCCUUGCGCCGGCUGCUGCUGCACUUGCAUGUUCCCAGUGACAUCGUCGAGAUUUGGUUCCAAUUUCUUGACUGCAACACGAGAUUUGCGCUCUUUCAUGGUGAGCUCGGGACUCCGGUGGCAAGCACCACAGGUGCGCCGGAGGGUGAUCCCAUGUCAGUUGUCGGCCAAAUUGCACAAUUUGCUGGGCACUUGUGGCGCGCCCCCUUCCGGCGCAUACUUGGAACGAGGGCUGGAGAAGGCCGCAAGGCUGGAGCAUCGGAAGGCUGGAAGGCACCAGAUCAAGUGGACGACUCGCCUGAGGUCCCCAAGGAGGCGAUGCAGCCGCCACCGCCGCAAGCGCCGCAACUUCCCGAAGCCGCGAGACCCGAGGUUCCCGUUCCGGCUUUCCGGCCGACAUUGCCAAAGCUCGCAUUGCCUUCGCCGAAGGCUAAGGACCUCGGAGAUCUCCGGCGCCGGCCCCGGCUGACAAAGCGCAGCGCCUCCCUCCCCCGGACCGGUGCUGUUGCACCGCUCGGCUCGCCGCGCGCGUUGGUGUGCUUCUUUGAGGAGCCGGCGCCCGUGUUGCCUUCGCUCCUGGAUGAAAGUGCCAAGUCGCCAAGGCCUUCGCCGCGAGACCCGUUCUCCUUCUACUUCGACGAUAUGGACUACGCCGCAAGCGGCGACGGCGACUCGGUUCGGUCUUGGUCGAAGGAGAGCUUCGCAGAGAUGGACACUCAUUGCCACAGCCCUGAGGAAAACUUGAUCUCGCCGAGCUCCCCGUGCUCCUCCCCGAGGUGCGGAGCUCGAGGGUCUAUCUGCAGCCGUGAGUCAACGGCUCUGGCGACCGACCAGGAAGAGUUGGCGCAGAAGUCAUGGUUUCGUUCUCAGAUCCUCGCGUCGGUUUUGAUCUCAGCUGCACACUUUGCAGCUCAGAGGUGA